GCGUCAUCUGAAGAUUCGCAUAAAACUUGGUUAGAAUACUGUCCAGAGUGUUCUAAUGGUGAAUGAACAUCAGUUCUCUCCUCUCCUGUGUCCUCCCAUCCUCAUACUAGGUUUCUGCUUGCUGAUUGGCUAGAGUUGAAGCAUCUUGUCCAUGGAGGUUACGUUUCUGGGGACGGGGUCCGCGUAUCCAUCUCCCUGCAGAGGGGCUUCAGCCGUCGUCUUUCGGACAGAUGGGGAGUGCUGGCUGUUCGAUUGUGGGGAGGGCACCCAGACUCAGUUCAUGAAGAGCGCCCUCCGAGCAGGCCGAAUCACCAAGAUCUUCAUCACUCACCUCCAUGGGGAUCACAUGUUUGGUCUCCCUGGGUUCCUGUGUACGGUUAGUCUCCAGUGUGGCUCUACUCCUACUAACCAGCAUGUGGACAUCUACGGACCUGUUGGUCUGAGGAGCUUCAUUCGGAUGAGUCUCGAAGUGUCUCACUCUUGGCUCGUUUUCCCAUACACGGUCCAUGAAUUUUUGCCUUCAGAAAACCAGUGCCCAGCAGAAGAGUUCAGAGACUUCUCCAAAUAUACUGGAGACUGCUUCCCCCCCACCCCAGAAGACCGGAUUAUUUCUGCUGACCUCACUGAUGGCACCUACUGUCUCCUCGAAAAUGAGCAGUUCACAGUAAAAGCUUUUAAACUCUAUCAUCGUAUCCCAUCGUUUGGCUUUGUGAUAACAGAGAAGGAUCGACCAGGGAAACUCAACGUCAGUAAACUUCAGGAACUUGGUAUUCAGCCUGGUCCAUUAUAUGGAAAGCUUAAGCUUGGUUCUGCUGUGACCCUUGAGAAUGGACAAACCAUCUCUCCAUGUGAUGUGCUGGGAGACCCUGUGCCUGGAAGAAAGAUCUGCAUCCUCGGGGACUGCUCGGGGGUUGUUGCGCCUGGAGCUGCUCAGCUCUGUCGAGAUGCCGACCUUCUUAUUCAUGAAGCCACCUUAGAUGACAGUCAGAUGGAGAAGGCCAAGGAUCAUGGACACAGCACACCCAAGAUGGCUGCUGAAUUUGCUAAUUUGUGCAGAGCCAAGAGGUUGGUCCUGACUCACUUCAGUCAGAGGUACAAGCCCCCAGGACUGGUCAGUGAGGGGGAUGAAGAUGUGACUGUUCUUAAAACCCAAGCAGAAAGUGUCCUGAUGGGUCAAAGUGUGAUUUUAGCCGAGGACUUUUUAACCAUUAGCAUUCCAUUAAAGAAGCCAUUAUAGGCACUGCACUGAUAUUUUAUAUAUUUUACACUUCUGAAUAUUUUAUAUGAAAGUGGAUCAGUUUUAUUUCUUUGGUAUAAAUUGUGUGUUAUGAGUGGAUUUGAUAAUUUCCAGCUAGUUAUAUGUCUGGGGGAAGGGUUCUACAAUAAAACAUGUAUAGUCUCAACGCUCUGAACUGUACCCCUCAUUAAUUUCUGCAAUAGGAAUA